AUGAAAUUUUUUCAGCACACACAAUUUCCUUAUUAUCCUGUAGUGGUCUUCAGGUACACAAAGUCACAGAGGUACACUCAUUUGCAAAUCAAUUUGCUUUUCACGGGAGACUCAAUCGAACAUCUCGUUUAUGAUGUCCUCCAGCAGAAUGUGCUGCACACAGACCGCCUCAUGAUUCAGUUGACACGAUAUUGGAGAUAUCGCAGGCGGGAAUCGACUGACCGGAAGGCCCGUGGUUCGAACCCGACCUCUGCCUUUGGACUUCCCCUAUCCAGGCUUGGGCAAUCUGGCAGUAUCCCAGCCCUCGUGCCUCCUUCUGGCCGCGUGGCAGUUAGGCGCCGAAAGGGUGUUAAAGCUAAACGAUUGUUUACUGGUCAAAUUCACACUCGUCUGACUAUACUUGUUAGAACACCUGGCUUUUCUUUGCGAUGGCCCAAGUGGUUAGAGCGCGAAUUUACUCACCAAAAGGUCCGUGAUUUGAACCCGACCUCGGCCUCUCUACUUCCCCUGUCUAAGCUUGGGCAACCUGGCAGUAUCCCAGCUCUCGUGCAACCUUCAGGUGGCAUGGCAGUUAGGCACCGAAAGGGUGCUACAGCUGAACGAACGAAUUUCCUUUCUCAAAUGAACGCAAAUGCCGUCAUAAAAGCGAUAAGCUCUUCAGUGCCCAUAAUGGGAGGUCUCGAUAGUAUUGGUGUGGAUGAUCCAGUAGAUAGCAUUAUCGAUUCAAUAUCUGGAGACCCAAAUACGGCUGUCACUUGA